UUACAUCUGCAGAUGUUGCAGCGUGCACCAAUGCCUCCGUUGCUGGUGGCUUCACUUUCGCUGGCCUUCCUGGGCUACGUGUGGGUUGUUGGCAUUCUCCUUUGGAACUAUCCAUGGCUAGUACAGCUCCUUUUCUUUAUUUCAGUGGCAGUUGCGCUCUUUGGAGGAUCGCUUCUGUGCUUGGUGUUCUAUUUGGUUCGAUUGAAACAUGAACAAGGUGCAAUGCAGUUGCUGCCGCCAUCAGCUGCAGAUGUCCUGGAUUUGUCCAUUUUCGAGAUCGUCGAGGUAUUGAACCGGGUGAUCAUGAGACCCUUUUAUGAUUUCAUCCGUGUUUUGCUGCUCAUCAAUGCAGACUUGGAUGAAAAAACUCGAAAAGAGAUCCUGGAAGAGAUGAGCCCAGAGUUUCGACGACGCGUUUUCCAGUGCUCCGUUGUGUCGCUGUUGCCUGGUUUUUUACAGAAGCUGGCGUUGGGCAAAGACUUCACGGCAUCAACAGACAACAAGGCCACAAUGCAGGAUCUCUUUGGGUAUGGGGACAAGACAGCCAUCGGAGUCGGAGACGAAAGUCCUGUGCGGAGGCAUCGCUCGCUGACUGACCUGCUUGAGUUCAUGCGUUCCGUAGAGGGGUCCUCCGAAAAAUCAAGGCAGUCGACUGUCCUCCAGAAGAUCUUGGCAAGCAAAGUCUCCGAUGCAGCCCUAUGCGCCAUGUCACAAGGAGCUGUCCACCAGUACGAGAGCCACCUUAGCAACCGGGUCCACUACUUAUUGGACAUUAUUAGCAAGGAACCCGAACGACGGGUCUUAAAACUCCCGUGGCGUGUUUUGCACUGGGAGGUGACCAUGGCACACUCUGUGCUGAAGGGCGCCGCCUCUUGGUUUUUUGAGAAAACCGAACAGGAAAGUGCUGAUGCUGCCAAGAAGGACAGCUGAGCGCGGCAUUUUUCAACUUGUACAGUCUUAAGACAUUCGCCACUUAAUUAAAUUCACCACUGACCACCUGGAUCUUUCCCCGCAACAGUUCUGCGUUUACGG